AUGGAGUCGAAGCGAAGUAAAAUCUCCGAUCCGUGAGUUGUUCCUACUAUUUUAAAGUUUUUAAGGAUGAUUACCAUGAAAAGCAGUACCUAUAUAUAGGCAUACUAACUGUCUUCAUAGAUACAUUGAAAACUUCAAAAGUUAGGCUUGUUUUAUCACUGAAGAUGUAAUCAUUAUCUCCUUCAGUAAGCCAAAACCAAAGAAAAAGAAGGAGAAAGGCAAAGACAAGGAGAAGGACAAAGAUCAGGUAUCCAACAUGACUCCAACUGCCGUAUCUCCCGGCCCGGGUGGGAAAAAGAAGAAGCCCAAGCUGCUCCAGAAGGCCAACAACGCCGAGGAGGUUCGUGGCCAAUGGGUGAGUGGCCUGAUUGACAAAGGUACCAGAAAACUAGUACAAGAGUUCAAUGAACUGCACCACAAUGGAGCCGUCGACUGUGCCACCUUCUUAGCACCCGAGAACGUAGACAAGAACAAGUAUCCGGACAUUUACUGCCUCGAGGCGACCAGAGUACGACUCCCGAACGACGAGUACUACCAUGCUAACUACGUGGCCACGGCUCAAAGCUCCACUCGAUUCAUCUGCGCUCAGGUAAGUGUGAUGGGCUUCGGAAUACGGUAGGGUUACUGUGACUUUCAUUUUUAUAUCCAGACCAAAAGAACCGAAAUUUUGCGUCCACUAUAUAGAGAGACCACUAUAGACAGUAUCUUAACUAUAUUGUACAUUGGUCAUAAUGAUGUGCGUUUUCAGUCGCCGAAAGAGAACACAGCAGAAACCUUUUGGAGUAUGAUCAUCAACGAGAAGGUAGAAGCCAUCAUCAUGAUGUCCAAGUUCAGCGAGAAGAACCAGACCUGUUUCCCGUAUUUUAGCCAAGAAGCUGGCGCGGCUGUGAUUUGUGGUAAUUGGAAAGUAUUCACACAUGAGGUAACUUACAAAGGUGGCAUGUUUUACUAUGAGACUUUUAAAAUUUUGGACAAAAUUGACUACUAUAACCUAUUUUAAAUUUAAAUUCGUAUUUUGAGCUAAAAAAUUUUAGAAGACGAACAUGAAAGAGUUUGAAGCCAUUUACCGCUUCACGGUCUCCAUUAAAAACCAGAAGAAUCCAAAAGCACCACGCCCACGAGUCAUAAUCCACCAAUGGACAGACUGGCCAGCAUACGGAAUGCCUGAGGCAUCUUUGUCACUGAUGAACAUUCUCCAGAGUGUUCGUGGCUCCAAGAAUCCCAUCGUCGUGCACUGUGACGAUGGAGUCGGCCGGAGCGGAGUCUUUGUGAUGGUUGAACAGUUCUACGAACUGUUGAUGGCAGGUCAUAACGCGAGUGACACACUUCAGAUGCUAAAGGAACUACGGGCUCAGCGGUGGGGGUGCAUCGUUCAUGAAAUUGUAUGUUUUCAUGUGGUUCCUUCCCCAGAACUUCAGUAACCUGUCAGUGGUAUUGGUUGUCUUAAAACUUCUUACAUCUUAAAUUAAAGUAUUUUGACAUAGUAUAUUAUAUUGGUGAACGUGUUGCUUUCAGCAGUACCUUUAUGUGUUCCGCAUAUUGUUCUUCUUCUUUAUGGCACGGAAGUGCGUUGAUUUGUCACAAGUGCUCCUGGAGUUCAUUGAUGAUUAUGAUGCGGCGCACAAAAAAUUCGUCCAAGUAAGUUUUUUCACUAUGUAAGCCUAAAAAUAGUAUUACCAGAAAUAUAUUUCGUAUUUUAUCAGUCUUUUGAACCGAUACAAACCAUGUCUAAGCCGCAAAUUUAGGCUGAGAAAGAUCGUGGCGGUGGUCGGCCACAAUUGGUCGUCGACGGCAAACCCCUCCCACCACCUGCACCAAGUCCCAAGCAACCAACGCCUCGGGCCGUUUCCCCGGCUGUCACUGCAGCGGCUCCACCAGCCGAGCCACCUCCGCCAGUCUCGAUGAUCAUCAUCCCGGGCAUGAACAAUAUCCAAUGCGUGAACCAGCCCGCUCCACGUCCUGUUCAACAACAGCAACAACCACAGCCCGUUCAACAACAGCAACAACAACCACCACAGCAGCAGCAACAACAACAGCUAGGCGGUUUGCCUCCGCCCGAGAAUAACGCUCCCGUGUCCAUGUUCUUGCCAUUUAAAUAA